UGCCACACUUCACCCACAACAUGGACACACCAUCUGCAGCAGUUGAUAUUCCGGCGCGUGACGCCGCUGCGGGCUCGACCAUUGUGGCGACACUGUCCCACUCGCCUGGCAAGCUCGCCGACGUUGUGGACGUCUUUCGGGAGCACUCGGUGAACAUGUCGCGCAUUCGUUCACGGCCGUCUGCCGUCAACGCUGAGGAGUACGACAUCGAGAUCGACGUCAACGGUGUCGACGAGGAGACCUUCAGCUCGCUCAUCACCGCCCUGCCUGCCAAGCGCGUCACCCAUCUUGCCACCAAUGACGUACCAUGGUUCCCACGAUGCGAGGCGGACCUCGAUGAGUCUGUCAAAGACGUGUGGGGCUACGGCGCUGAGCUCGACGCGGACCACCCAGGCUUCACCGACGAGGCGUACCGGGCUCGGAGGGAGAAGUUUGCGGAGACGGCGUACUCGACGCGGCACAAGGACCAGAUGCCGCGGUUCGAGUACAAUGAGGAGGAGACGGCGACAUGGCGCACGAUCUAUACCAAGCUCAAGGAGCUCCAUCCGACGCACGCGUGCAAGGAGUUCAUCGCUGCGUUCAACCUGCUCGAGGCCCGCGGCGUCUACUCGCCCGACACUAUUCCGCAGCUCGCCGAGGUCUCGGACUUUCUGCAGUCGUCAACGGGCUUCCGCCUCCGCAUUGCGCCUGGCCUCAUCUCGUCGCGGUCGUUCCUCAACGCGCUCGCCUUCCGCACCUUCUUCUGCACCUCGUACAUCCGCCACUCGUCGACGCCGAUGUACACGCCCGAGCCCGAUGUGUGCCACGAGCUGCUCGGCCACGUUCCGCUCUUUGCCAACCUCGAGUUUGCUCAGUUUUCGCAAGCCAUCGGCCUUGCCUCGCUCGGCGCUACCGACGACGACAUCAAGAAGCUGGCGACGCUCUACUGGUUCACCGUCGAGUUUGGCGUGACUCGCGAGGAGGGUGGCAUCCGCGCCUACGGCGCCGGCCUCCUCUCCUCGUUUGGCGAGCUGCAGUACUGCACUUCGGACGAGCCCGAGCACCGCCCGCUCGACCUGGAGGCCGCCGCCACCCAGGAGUACCCCAUCACCUCGUUCCAGCCGGUCUACUUUGUGGCCGACUCGUUUGCCAACAUGGCCACCGCCCUGCAUUCGUGGGCCAUGCGCCUCGACCGCCCGUUUGCCGUCACAUUCGACCCCUACACCCGCCGUGUCAUCGUCCUCGAGUCCAAGCAGGAGAUUAUGCGUCUGAUCAAGAACGUCAACUCGGAGCUCUCGAUCCUCACCCGGGUCCUCGAGCACGUCCUCUAAGUCUGCAACGACCACCCACGCUCGCAGUGACUGCUCCCGCUAGCCAUUUGUUAACACAGCCACGUUGUUUA